UUCUUCUCGCGGGCGUGGAAGUUCGCGCAGCACGGAGGAGAGGCGGACGACGAGGAGGACGAGGACGAGGACGGGGAGGGAGCGAGAGAGAGAGAGAGACAGAGGAAGGGGAAAGGAUUCAGGGUCCGGACGGUGAGACGCUAUUGCACAAGUUCUUUUCUUCGCUUGCUGUGAGGUGGUGAUUGUGCUGUGCUGUGUGUUUGAGGGAGAGGAGAGGAGAGCGGAGGGGAUUGGAGGACGAGAGAUGCGAAUUGGAGAGACGAAAAACGACGAGAAGAUCGGGAAGGAGGAGGUGGAGGAGGAGGAGAAGGGCGGCCGCCAGGGCCGGUUUGGUGCUUAUGGUGUAGUCUGCUCGCUCACUCGUCGCGCGGUGCCUUGAGAGCGAAGCGUUUUUUAGCAACGUUUCGAGGCCGGAGCGUUGGUGAUGGUUUCGGCUUGAAGGGCAGGGCAAGACGCUGGAGUAGGAGCUUGUAUGGGCACGCGGCAGGAUCGAGGAAAGAUUGCAAAUCCGACGUGCAAUUGGUUUUAUCUCGUCUAGGGUUCUACGACUGCCUUUGGCAUGGAAAUUGACCGGAAGAUUUGGUUGAGAUUUUCUACCCUAACUUGCCUCUAGCGGAGGAGGCUCGACUUUCUAGUCGACUGUGAGUUAAGGCGAGAAGAUUUGUUUGCUCCUUGGAAGGUUAUCGUAUCGAACAAGGUGCGACAAUUUUAGGAGCUUGGCUUGUUUAUUUUUCUUUUUUAUGAUUCAUUAGGUGUCUCGAAAGACCGCGUUGGAGUUGAAUUGGUAAUAAGCCCCGCGAUCCUAGAGGCAGAAUUUACUUUUUCUCGUGGAGGUUGGUCGUGAGCAUCCUAGAGUUGCUGAAUUGGAGAGAAUUCUUUCCGCGUAGCGGAAAGAAGUGAUGUACCGUCCAGCAUCUAGAUUCGAUUCUCGAAUACAGGAAAAACCGUCGAGAUCCACGAGAUCGACAUGGGGCGACAAUCGCUCAUUUACCGCACCUUUAGAGGCCGAUGACGGAGCUCGCUCGGCUCCCUACAUGACGGAAGAGUCAAUGAUGGACAGAGAGUUUCAAAGUCUUCGAGGAAACAACGAUCUCAGAGAAGCACAGAGAUUGGCUGCGAGCUUUUUCAGCUCUCAAAUUCCUCCCUCUAGCUCUACUGCCUUGUAUAGGGAUGGGAGGCCUACUCGAACCAUGAGUCCGGAGCCUCCGAUGGACCGCUUUGGAACUCAAUCUAGCCGACAUUAUCGAGAGCGAGAAGCCAACGACGAACAGAGGUGGCCGAGCAAUCGCUCCACAAGCCAAGAGCGUUACCUCUCUACUCGUACGCUGACGGAACCUGAGGUGUGGGAGGAAGCAGACGCCUACGGUGUCGCUGGAAGUAGAAGCAGGAAGAGGGAAGACACUUAUGGAUGGGAAGAAGUAGAUCUUGAGUAUGCUGCACGGAAGGAAACCGAGUACCCUAUGCACGGGGAGACAGAAGCUGUUAGGGUUACCAAGCGAGUCGAUUGGACUGGGUUGUUUAGAGAUGGCAGGGAAGUGGGUGGCGCGGAUUCCUCGAUGGGCAAACGAUCGCUUCCCGGUUACGGAGGGCGUCAAUUUGGCGAAUCUUACCUCAGUGGGCAGGAUGACCUCAUGGAUCCCGAGGAGGCUGUAUUUUCCAGUCGUGGUAGGGAUCCACACGAGAAUCUUCGCAAAGGGCGGGGUUAUCCUGACGAGGUGCCGGAUGCGCUAGAGGAGUAUGGGCUAGGCAGCAGUCUCGGAACAGCCCGUGGUGUCGGUAGAGCUGGGCAGCGAGACAUGGACUGGGGUAGGGAUAGCAGUCGUCACGAAGAGAGAGAAUUUUGGCACAGCGGUAUGCGCACUAAUGGAAUGAGCGAAGUGAGCGAAUUAUCCAGAGGAUAUGGGGAUGGCCCCUCGACCUUUCCUUCAAAUCGCGGUAACGCUCCGAUGGGAAGGAGAGGGCUCAUAAAUCCGAAACCCGAUUACUCGGUCCGUGCCAGUUUGACGAACAGAGACAUCCUCGGAUACUAUUACGGCAAUUCAAAUCACCAGCCCAGGAAUGAUUACCCCAGACGCGGUGGAGCCCCAUUUGCCAGGAAUGAUCGGAUUCCUUACGGUGGAGUUCCAGGGCCAUGGCACGGCUCCUCACGGCCUCCGGGUAGCGGUCCGGACAGGGAUAGGGAAGAUUGGGGACCCUUUCGGAAGGGCAAGAAGCGUUGGCCCAAGUCACCCAAAGCAGGAGAUAGCCCUCAUGUUUCGCAUACAUCUCACGGGAAGAGAUUCAAGAGGGAAACCGAAGCUGACAAGCUUUUUCUCAUGCACAAUAGUAAGGCCACUUCCGUCCCCAAGGAUGAGCUCCGUGAGGCACUUGACCAAACGCACUCAUCUGAGAAGGGUAAAGAGGCAGAAGAGAGGAUCACGCCCACUAGAGACGACUCUGAGAUGAAAACCGAAACAGAGGGAAAAUCCGUCGAGAAAGGUUUGUGGGAUAACGACGACUCUUGGUCUGACAGCGAGGAAGAAAAAGUUGGGGGGGUAGAUGUAUCUCGAAAGGACGAGACUGUAGUUACUUCGAUCGCACCUCUCGGAGAGCUUGAGAUUGCGGCCUCUCAAGCCCCGCAAGCCUCAGCUGCCAACGAACCAGAGAAGCCUUCAGGCGAUCGGUCUGCGGGGGCUGAUUAUGAUGCGGACUGGGAAUCUCUCGCGUCUGAUACGGAGGAACACAUGGAUGGUAAAGCUGCCAAGCAUGAUGUCGAUGCUGAGGCUAACAGGUCGUCGAGUAGUGGGAAUGAAGACGUCGGCACCAUUCCUGCUGCGAGUCAAUCGGAGCUGUCGGACUUCGAGAGGGACGAUGCGAGGAUCGUGGGAAGCGAAGAUUUGGAGAUGUUUGAUGCCGAUGAAUCAGGGGAGGGAAGCAGGAUCGAACUAUCAAUGGACGCCAAGACAUUGGGAGUUUCACCUGACAAAGGUUUUGCACCCGAGGCGCAACAUAGCGGCAACGUAAUGGAGGACAAGGCAUACGACUUCUACAUUUCCGUGUUCGAACAAGAUGCCGACUUGAGGAAGUUGUACGAGGCGAAUGUAAAUUCAGGGAGUUUUGAGUGUCUCGUCUGUGCCGGAAUUGGAGCGAAGAAGAAGAAGAGAUUCCCUGACGUAGCAAGCAUGGUACAACAUGCGAAGAAAAUAUUGAGGACGAAAAAGCUGCCCGAACAUCGCGGCUUCGCACGAGCUGUUUGUCAUGUUUUGGGUUGGGAUGCAACUGUUUGCAGUCCUUCUCCGAAGACUGUCGUUAGUCGCGGUUGGCUUGCACCCCAUGAACAAUAUGCACCAACUUUGCAGCUAAACGGUGAACCGAAAAUCCAGGUUUCUAGCAAUGUCGCAGCUGAUGCGAACUGGGAUUUGGAGUCUGCCCGAAGAUUGUUAGAGGAACAAUUGAAAGAGCUAGAAAAUGAUUCCAGCUUCCCUGAAACUUUGGCACAAACAAAAGUCGGUACCGGUUCCAGUAAGUCAGUCUCGCCUGAAAAAGGAAAGAAUGUUGAGACGGGUGAUGCAUCAACAACCAACGCCACAGUAGUUGAAAUAUCUGCACUUGGAGAAAUAGCCAACUUGACUGAAGGAAAAUCAUUUGCCAACAGUGUUCAGAAUGGUAUUGCCCAAAUGUCUGCCGAAGAUCCUACCAAUGACACUGCAGGUGGACCAGAGGCAAAUGCAACUGGUAAACCUACUCCUACAUCUGCGAUCGAUGACCUUGAUGGGCCAGGCUAUGGGCCUCUGCUAGGAGAAAAAGAUGGAAGUGCUAAGACUGUACAAUCAUCUAUGGAAGGUUCGGUAGGUGGUGCUACUCUAGUAACAUCUGGGUUUCCUGUUUCGCAGGGAACAACUAAUCAAAUUAGUAAGCACCCUGCAGCUGAAGCUUCCUCAAAUGAGGAAUUCGCGAUACCGUUGCUUAAGACGAAGGUCGAAGAUGAGAUACAAUCUUGUACUUCUGUUGCACCAGCCUCAGUUUCAAAGGACGCAGGAAGUUCGUUUGAAACACAACCAGUUGGCAUGAGUAACGCAAAAGACGUAGCUGGAGGUACUUCAGCAUUUGUGCGCUUUGGGACUCCAACAACCUUGCCGGAGACAGGACUGGCUAAAACCUCUGAUCUGGGUUUCUCUGUCCUGCUGGCCAUGCAAGGCGGAGGUAGGUUGGCUGGCGCCACACCUCAAGCAGAAGUCAAACCUUCUGAUGCAGGAUGUUAGAUAAGACUUUGCGGUUAGGGAAUUGGCUGAAGAAUCUGCAACUUUCUUGGUGGUCAAAACCUCAGUUAACUGCCGCAAGUUGUCUUCUCUACAACGGUUGUGGUGCAGCUUCACCCUUUGGCAGAUGUUUUCUAACGACGUUUAGUCGUCCAAAGAUGAGGACAAACGAGCUUGCAUCUGGUGCGGAGGCAGAAACACGAACUGGGGUGGAACCUUAGUCCUUGAUUUGCCAGUGCAUUCUCCAAGCUUAUAGAUAUUUUAGGAUAAUUGGCGAAACGCUCCUGGAAUCCUCCGAUGCUAGUGUUCCAGACUUUGACCUUCUACUUUGGAGUAGUACUUGAAGGACCUGUUAGUGAGACCUAGCUUAUGACUUGCGAACUGUUCAGCUACGAGUCCAACACAAUUUUGUCACUUCUUUAACCAGGAUUUUUUUUCUCGUCAUAGGCCUGUCCUGGACAUACAAGGCAAGGUUGUAAAUUCAAAUCGGCCUUUAACUUGAUGGGUGUGUGUGUAUUCAAAAUUGGGGUGCCUUCAAAUGUUCUUUCAGUUUACUUCUACUCUGGCUGGCAUGUGGACCUGUGAUAUU